AUGGCAGAAAUUGAGCGUGCAACUCAGCCCUCAUAUGGAGGCGCUGAGCCCCCCUUAAGUGAAAAAGGCAAGGCAGUUCGUCACUUGGUGGAAGCCAACUUGCUCGAUGACCGAUAUGCGACCACCAAACGUGGUCUCAAAAACCGCCAUGUACAACUGAUGGCACUGGGAGGCACGAUUGGAACUGGUCUUUUCGUGUCUUCUGGCCAGGCAUUGGCAACGGGAGGCCCUGCAUCUCUUCUUCUGGGAUACAUCUUCAUCUCAGCUAUGGUGUAUGGCCUUGUAACUGCCAUCGCUGAAGUUGGUGCCUACCUCCCAGUACAUGGUGGCACGAUGAGUUAUCAUGGAUUCCGCUACGUAUCACGGAGUCUUGGCUUUGCGAUGGGUUAUCUCUACUGGUACUCUCUUGGGAUCCUAGUACCAUACGAGAUCACGGCUGCUGGGUUGGUCAUUGGUUACUGGGAUCAAAGUGGAUCAGUCAAUAUUGCAGUCUGGAUAACGAUCAUGAUGGUUGUCAUUAUCGCUCUCAACUUCAUGCCUGUUCGAGUCUAUGGCGAGUCCGAGUUCUGGUUCGCUGGGAUCAAAAUCAUCACUCUCAUCGGCCUGCUCAUGGUCUCGUUCAUCUUAUUUUGGGGCGGUGGGCCGAAUCGCCAGCGGUUGGGAUUUCAUUAUUGGAAGGAUCCACGUCCGUUCAACGAGUACAUCGUGACAGGAGACACGGGCCGAUUCGUCGGACUUUUGAAGUGCACAGUAUCCAGUGCCAUUGCCUUCAUUUUCGCGCCGGAGUUGAUUGUGAUCAGUGGUGGUGAAAUGGAAUCCCCUCGACGCAAUGUCCCUCGGGCUGCCAGACGGUACAUUUACCGUUUGGUCUUCUUUUACAUCUUCGGCGUCUUGGCUAUUGGCGUUAUCUGUCCCUCGAAUGCGAGUCGUCUUACCAAGGGCGAUGGUACAGUGAACUCAUCUCCCUUCGUGAUCGGUAUUCAAAACGCCGGUAUACCCGUUCUGGAUCACAUAGUCAAUGCUGCUGUCCUGACAUCGGCCUGGUCGGCAGGGAAUUCUUUUCUGUACAUGUCGUCGCGGUCGCUCUAUUCACUGGCCAUGUCAGGGAAUGCCCCCAGCGUGUUCAAGGCAUGCAAUCGAUGGGGUGUCCCAUACUGGGCUGUCUCAGCUUCAGCAUGCUUCUCGGCACUCGCCUACCUCGCCGUUGGGAAUUCCAGCUCGAUUGUUUUUAACUGGUUUGUCAAUUUCACCAACACUUCCGGCUUCAUUUCGUGGAUCUGCUGCUGCGUUGUGUUCUUUCGAUUCCGCAAAGCCGUGAAAGCACAAGGCAUUGAACAGCCUUACAGAUCAAGGAUCCAGCCAUAUGGAGCUUAUUUUGGUCUUGCGGGUGCGACACUCAUGAUGCUCAUCAAUGGGUUCACGGUAUUCUUCCCAUCAGAAUGGUCUGUGAGCAACUUUUUCACCGCAUAUAUCGGAAUUCCGGCUUUCUUGAUGCUUUAUUUUGGACAUCGUGCGCUAUUCUGGAGUGACCCGUGGGUGUGGCGACCUGAAGAGGUUGACAUGCACACUGGAUUGGAGGAAAUAAUUGCUGCCGAGCAACCACCCAGACCACGUGGACCAUGGUGGAAAUUCUGGUAA